UUUUUCAGCCAACAUAUUGUAAUUAAACGUCAUUACAAAACACGAACUCGUCACUAUACACAAACAUGAAGGUAUUACAAAUCUCACUUAUUUUGUGGGUUAUAAUUUUACUAUCUUCGUGUUCCGCAGAGGAGAGCUGUAGUUUACAGUCAGAAAAGGUUGCAGAUAGUGAUAUCCGUCAUUGUUCACAAAAGAAGAGUGAAGAUAUAGGUAUAACUGAAAAUGAACGCAGAAUAUUGCUAAUAGGCCGGACUGGAGUCGGUAAAAGUACUACUGGAAACACAAUACUGGGGAGGGACGUUUUUCAUGCAGACACUUCGGGCGAGUCAGUCACGAGAAAGACGGAAUAUGCGCGCUCACUGCGUUACGGGAGAAAUCUUUUAGUUGUUGACACUCCGGGAUUGUUUGAUACAAGUAUACCUAAUAAUGAAACUAUGAAAGAAAUUGCACAAUGUUAUAGCCAAACAGCUCCGGGUUUACAUGCUAUUAUUUUUGUUACUGAGAUUGGACGUUUCACCAAACAAGAAAAAGAUACAUUUGACUUUUUUCUCACUCAUCUUGGAAAAGAGGUCAUUGAUUACAUGAUUGUAGCUUUUACUGGAAAAGAUAGACUAGAUCAUAAAAAACGUACAAUUAAGCAGUUUGUUUCCAAUUUAAAAGAUGAGUCGGAUCUUAGGUGGUUGUUGAAUCGGACCGAAUACCGAUAUACAGCGUUUGGAUAUGGCGGUAAUCGUGCUGAUCGUGAGGAAGAAGUUAUCGAACUUCUUGAAAUGGUGGACGACCUUGUCAAAGAAAACGAUGGGAAAUAUUAUACAAAUGACAUGUAUGAAAGAAAUGAGAAAGUAUUAAAAGAACGAUGGGAAGAAGAAAAACGAAAAGAAACAGAAAAACUUGAAAAGGAAAUACAAUCAGCUAAGAAAUCUGCUCAAAAAGAGUUUGAAGAAAAACAAAGGGAACUUGAGAAAAGUUUUGAAGAACAGAAGAUUGAACAUGAAAAUAAUAUGAAAAUAUUGAAUGUCAAAUUCAAAGAACAAGAAUCCGAUAUUGUGAUGCUAAAAGACAAAAAUAAGCAGGACCUUGAUGAAAUGCGGAGAGACAUAGAACUAAGAGAAAUGGCAUUAACAGUUCGUCGUAUUGAAACGGAAAGAGACAUUGAAAUAAGGUUGCGAGAAGAAGCUGAAAGAAAAUUGAUCGAUAAAGAAAUGACGCUUCGAGAGGAAUACAGAUCUGAUGCUGGCUUUUUUGAGCAGGGUCUCACGGCAACAGGAAAGGUUUUAGGAGCUGUUGUAGACGCUGUUAAGGGUGUUUUAAGUUUUUUCGGAAGUUUGUUUUAAAGGAUAUAAAGCCUUGAGAAAAGUCAAUUUUUUUUUCAUAGCAAUAUGUACCUUCCGUAAAAAAAACAAAUUGUUCUGAAAAAAAAAUCAAGCACACUAUCAAAGAGGGGAGGAGAUACCAGAGUGACAGUCAAACUCAUAGGUCGAUAUUAAACUGACAACGCCAUGGCUAAAACAAAAAAGCAAACACUAAUA